AUGGGAAGGGUGCAGUGCCCCCAGAGGACAACAGUCACCAGAUCUCUCUCUGCAGGGGAUUGGCCAGAGCUGCGGCUGGUGGGUGGCUCUGGCCAGUGCUCAGGACGCAUGGAGAUUCUCCACCAGGGUGCCUGGGGCACUGUGUGUGAUGACCUGUGGGACCUGAAUGAAGCUGAGGUUGUGUGCCGGCAGCUUGGGUGUGGUCGAGCCAUGUCUGCCCUUGGAAAGGCACACUUUGGCCCCGGCUCAGGAGACAUCUUCCUGGACAACCUCCAGUGCGCUGGUGUGGAGCGCUACCUGGGCCAGUGCGCCCACUCAGGCUGGUCAGAGCACAACUGUGGGCACCAUGAGGAUGCUAGUGUCAUCUGCUCAGAUGCAGAAGAACUACCUCCACCCACACCUCCAGGUUCUUCUACAGCUUCUCAGGAUCACAUAAAAGGAGGAAGUAACUCUUGUGGAGGGGUCAUUUCUAGUCUCUCUGGUGCAUUUUCUAGUCCACAGUAUCCAGAAAACUACCCAACAGACAUCCAGUGUGUUUGGGAGAUCCACAUGGAUACAAAAUUUCGCAUAGAACUUAUAAUUCCAAGUUUGAAGUUGGAAGAUAUCCUUGGAUGUCCCUAUGACUCCGUUGAAAUCCUCAAUGGUCCCAGGAUUGCCUCGCUCUCCAUGGGGAAGUUCUGUGCCCCUGAAACUGUGAUAUUCUUCUCCUCCUCGUGUAUCAUGACGGUGGUGUUCCAAAGUGAUUCUAUGAAAACCAACACUGGCUUUUAUGCUCUUUUCAAUGCCGUUCCGCAGGGUGAAAGGGAGUCAGAUGCUGGGGACUGGGCUCCAGAUGUGAUUCCUCCACCCCCAGAUAUCAUUCCUCCAGCCCCUAUACCACAAGGAGGAAGUAACUCUUGCGGAGGAGUGAUUUCAAGUCUCUCAGGUUCCUUCUCCAGCCCUUGGUACCCUACAAACUACCCCACCAACUUGGAGUGCGUCUGGGUGAUACACGUGGCUGAGAAAUUACACAUAGAACUGAUGAUCCUAAGCCUGAAAUUAGAGGACAUCUAUGGGUGUCCUUACGACUUUAUCGAAGUGUUCGAUGGACAACAGGCUGCCUCACUCUCCAUGGGCAGGUUUUGUGCUGGGACAGAGCUCACGUUCCUUUCUUCUUCAAACAUCAUGACCUCAGUGUUCAGAAGCAAUGCCAUGAUCACCAACACAGGGUUUUAUGCUCUGUACAACACCGUUCAGCAAGAUGAAAGAGAGAACGGUUUAGGAGAACUGAAGGGAGGUGAGCUACCCACACCGUCUAUGUCUUCCACUGCCUCUCUGCCUUACCUAGGAGCAUCUGCUGCUGUGAGUUACCCAGCCUCAGCAUCUUUUCCAAAGCCAACAGAGGUGCCCACAUGGACAGGUCUGGGACUGCGGCUGGUGAACAGGUCCAGCAGAUGUGAGGGCCGAGUCAAGGUCUACCAUGCCCAUGCCUGGGGCACCGUGUGUGAUGACAGCUGGUCUAUAGAGGAUGCCCACGUGGUCUGCAGGCAGCUGGGCUGUGGCCUGGCUGUGUCUGCCCUCCCAGGAGCCAGCUUCGGCCCUGGGUCAGGCAGCAUCCUCCUCGAUGACGUCAACUGCACAGGAAGGGAGUCCUCCCUGGGGCAGUGCCCUCACAGCGGUUGGUUCACCCACAACUGUGGGCACCAUGAACAUGCUGGCGUCAUCUGCUCAGAUUCUGCAGCUGCUGGACAUCCAGCUUCUUCAACUCCUGGGAAGCACCCAAACGAUUUUCAUCUAACAGCUCUUGAAGUUGCCCCAGCAUUGACAGAAAUGGGCUGCAGCAUUGCAUCAGCUACAGAAAUAACCACUUCACCUGUUCCUGCUUCAAUUUCAGCCACAGAUUUGGCCCUUACACCUGUGUCUUUGAAUACUGCUGUAACCACCUCAACAGCUUCCAUCUCCACUGCCGUGACCUCCACACCAGAGAUCUCUUCAACCUCAGCAGAAGUGACCUUUCCACCUGAUGCAUCUUCAACCUCAGCAGAAGCGGACAUGCCCUCUGAUACGACUCCCACUGCAGCUGAAGCCCCUUCUUCACCAGAGCCUCCCCUGCGCCUGGCGGGCGGGCGGAGCCGCUGUGAAGGCCGGGUAGAGCUGCAGCACCAGGGCGUGUGGGGCACGGUGUGCGACGACCACUGGAACAUCAGGAACGCCCGCGUGGUGUGCCGCCUCCUGGGUUGCGGCCGUGCUCUGGGUGCCCCGGGCCGCGGCCGCUUUGGCCAGGGCACCGGGCCCAUCCUGUUGGACGACGUGCGCUGCUCCGGCAACGAGGACGCAUUGGAGCGCUGCACCCACUCGGGCUGGGCCCGGCACAACUGCCAGCACCGCGAGGACGCGGGCGUGGUGUGCGCAGGUCUGGCUGACUCUCUUGUACCUAAGGACAAUGCCCAGCUAUCCUGCUUGCCUCACCUCUUCCAAGCCGUCAUUGACCGAGGCUAUCUCUGGAGGCUGGGCUACUCCUCCUGGGACAUCCACUUAAAUGAUGAGCUAUGUCGCCCCAAAGUCAUGGGACGCUACCUGAUCUUCAACAUUCCCUAUGGCCACUGUGGCACAAUCCAGCAGGAGUACCUCGGCUCCCUCAGCUACUCCAACUCCAUCAGAGGCCGGACACGGGGCCACCCUGGCCGAGUCAUUGUGCGGCACAAGGUGCCCAAGCUGAAGUUCACCUGUAGGGACGGCCCAUCCACAGUUGAAAUCAUUCAUGGGGAUGACGCCCCAACGGAGGGUGCUGGCUACACUGUGUCCAUAUCCUUCCUCCAGUCCCCUGAGUCCCAGCAUGUGGGAGGCAUGGCGUCCUACUAUGACAGCCAGAGGAAAGAGGUCUUCCUCCAAGCCACCCUCCACAGCCCCAAUCCCAACCUGAUGCUCUUCGUGGAUACCUGUGUGGCUUCUCCUGAUCCCCAUGAUUUUACAACCAUCAAGUAUGAUUUGAUCCGGCAGGGGUGCAUCAAAGACAAUACCUACGUCAACUUCCAUCCCCGCCAGAAGAACAUGGCUCAGUUCAAGUUCAAUGCCUUCAGCUUUCUUGACAGCUAUGAUGUGGUAUAUCUGCAGUGUAAGGUUGCAGUGUGCAAGGUGGGGGACUAUGCCUCUCUCUGCUCCCAGGGCUGCGCAGGACAGAGUAGGAGAGGUGCAGGCCCCACGGAGGCCAGGGAAAAGCAGACUGAGCAUUUCCAAAUGGUGGGGCCACUGGAGAUCCACAAAGUCACUGCUCAGAGGAGGACUCUUGAGUGAUUUCUGCAAUUUUCAUGUGAAUCUGUAGAAAGCAAAGUCGAUUUCUCUUCAGUAAUGUUUGACCAAUCAGAAGCUAUCCGCAUAGAGACAGGUCAAAGAAACAGCCAGAGGGGAUUGCUUCUCUGAGAUUUGUUACUAAAUAAAUCUUCUCUGAUUACUAAACUUC